AGCAUUGGAGUGUGUUUUGAGGGCUGAUGACACACUGUUCUGUGAAGAUAGUGGGCAUGUAGUCGCCUCUAAAGUUGCCCGAAUAAUACAUUUAUUUAUCUUUUUGGUUGACGUAGGCUUUAUAAGUAGCUAUUUUCAUUAUUUCUGUCAUUGUUUAUGUUGAGGACGCGGUGAUUUCAGAAACAUGAUGAACAGGACUUUAUCAAGAAAACUUCUGGGCUCCAUGUGUGGGAUCUCCAGCCGUCGACCGAGCUUCGCUCAAAGCGCUGUCAACACUGUUCAGAAGCAGAGAGAGCUGAUAAAGAGUAGAGAACUAGAAAAAGAUGAACUGAGACCGCUGUAUAUGGACUUUCAGGCCACCACACCCAUGGACCCAAGGGUUUUGGAUGCCAUGCUUCCCUAUCAAGUCAACUACUACGGUAACCCACAUUCCAGGACUCACGCUUAUGGAUGGGAGAGCGAGACCGCAAUGGAAAAAGCAAGAAAACAAGUAGCAGAUCUCAUUGGUGCCGACCCAAGGGAGAUUGUGUUCACCAGUGGUGCGACUGAGUCCAACAAUAUGUCAAUCAAAGGUGUGGCUCGGUUUUAUAAGGCUAAGAAAAACCACAUCAUCACCACCCAGACUGAACACAAGUGUGUUCUAGACUCCUGUCGAAUUCUGGAGGCUGAGGGAUUUGAAGUAACAUACUUGCCUGUGAAAAAUAAUGGGCUGAUUGAUUUGAAGCAAUUACAGGAAAUGAUCCGUCCAGAUACCAGCUUGGUGUCCAUAAUGACUGUCAACAAUGAGAUUGGUGUCAAACAGCCAAUCAAAGAAAUAGGUCAUCUGUGUAGGUCCAAAAAUGUGUUCUUCCACACGGAUGCUGCUCAGGCUGUGGGAAAGAUCCCCAUUAAUGUCAAUGACUGGAAAGUGGAUUUGAUGUCCAUCAGUGGCCAUAAGAUCUACGGACCCAAAGGGGUUGGGGCUUUGUAUGUGAGAAGGAGACCCAGAGUUCGUAUUGAGCCUUUACAGAAUGGAGGGGGACAGGAAAGGGGUCUGCGUUCAGGGACCGUGCCCACACCUCUAGUCGUAGGCCUCGGAGCCGCCUGUGAGAUCGCCCAGCAGGAGAUAGUGUACGAUCACAAGCGUGUGACAGUGCUGGCAAAUCGCCUCGUGCAGAAGAUCAUGACCGAGAUUCCUGACGUAGUGAUGAAUGGAGACCCAGAUCAGAGGUACCCGGGAUGUGUUAAUUUAUCAUUUGCCUAUGUUGAGGGGGAGAGUCUGUUGAUGGCGUUAAAAGAUGUUGCGCUUUCAUCCGGAAGCGCCUGCACGUCUGCUUCCUUGGAGCCCUCAUAUGUCCUUCGAGCAAUAGGGGCAGAUGAGGACUUGGCACACUCAUCUAUUCGGUUUGGAAUUGGGAGAUUCACCACAGAGGAGGAAGUAGACUAUACAGUGGAGAAGUGCAUUCAGCAGGUCAAACGGCUGAGGGAGAUGAGUCCAUUAUGGGAAAUGGUUCAGGAAGGCAUUGAUCUUAAAAGCAUCAAAUGGACCCAGCACUGAAUUGUUCUGAACACGUGGAGUACGAAGCCCUGCUGUGGUCGUGAAUACUCGUUUCGUAAAGCUUGAUUAGGCUGCCGAACUUCCUUAGACCUUAUUCUCCCAAAAAAAAAAAAAACACGCACAAUUUUGUUUCUGAAUUUUGGGGAAUUUAACUCGUCUAUGUGGAGAUGAUUUUAAAGUGCAUUUGUAUGAAUCGCAGGGUUUACAGAGUUGUGCUUUUUGUCAGUUCUAUCACUUUUUCUCAAACCAGCUUUCACCUCAGUUUUGUGAUAUUAUUCUAUAGUAUAUUAACAGUCGCUCUGUUAAAAUCGCUGAAAAUAUAAUCACAAAAGGCAUCUUACUAUAAACAUGCACUGAAUGUUGUCCUGUGUCGUUAUUGUGUCUGUUUGAGCACAUUAUACUGCAAAAUGUUUUAUUAGUCAUAGUGUCUCUUGUCCCAGUUCUGAGACCAGCAAAAUAGUUUUAGGCAAGUCAGAUCCUAAUUGGUAAUUACACUUUAUGGGUAAAA